UUGUGCGUAAGGUGUGAAGAAUUGUUUGUUCGGCGGCCCAGAAGUUUCUAGCUGGGAUUAAGCCAGCCGGGGCGGCGUGCCGCAAAAGCGAAAUCUUUUUUGUUGUCCUGGCUCGGCGGAUGUCAUGCCCCAUGUCUGCUUCUGCAUGUGCAUUGUUGUUCACUUGUUCUUAUGCGGUGCUUCUGAUCCUGUGAUCAAAAUCCUCGUGUGGGAUUUCCAGUUGACGUGGUUGCUCUGCCAUCCAUUCGUCCGCCGUCACAGGAUAUUUGCACAGAGAAAGAUAUUUGCAUCUGAAAGUUAGGACAAACUGAACUGUUCACAAAAAUCAACGUCUGCAAAGUUCACACUUGGUAGUAGUGCUUGGUUCCUUUCUUCUUCUCCCACUAAUUGAGGUUAAAUACUACUAACACCAAAGAGGGUGUCCUUUACAUGUUUUUAACAAGUGUUGGGGAAAGAUUUAUGGUUCAACAAAUGGUAAUCAUCCAUCAUCAUCAUCUGUGUUCUUUAGUCUUUACAUGUAGAACAGUCAGCGCUGGUAAAGUUCAGAUAGUGCUGUGCCCCUUUCUGCAUUGAGGCUAAGGAAAAGCUGGCCUUUCCCGUGCUGUGAAGCCUCCUAGGACGACACGUCCUUGGCAAUUUCCUGGUGAUAUGGAGAGAGUCUGUGAAAACACAGUGUCCAUUGAUUUCAAGCAAGCCAAGAUGGUGGCUGGGAUUGAAGAGAGCUGGCACAAUUUUGUCCCAGCUAUCCGAUCAGGGGAUUGGUCUGACAUUGGUGGCCGUGAUUACAUGGAAGAUGCGCAUGUCUGCAUCCCCAACCUAGCCAAGAACUUUGGGUACAACAUGGUGGAUGAUGAAGUUAUUUCCUUCUAUGGGGUGUUUGAUGGACAUGGUGGAAAAGAUGCCGCACAGUAUGUUCGCGACAACUUGCCACGGGUCAUCGUGGAAGAUGCUGCUUUUCCUCUUGAGCUCGAGAAGGCAGUCAGGAGGUCGUUUGUGCAAACUGACAGUCAGUUUGCAGAGAAGUGCUCUCUACAGGAUGGGCUUUCUUCUGGAACAACUGCACUUACAGCAAUGAUUUUUGGGAGGUCUCUUCUGGUCGCAAAUGCUGGUGAUUGCCGAGCGGUCCUCUCCCGGCGCGGCGCCGCAAUCGAAAUGUCCAAGGACCACAGGACCUGCUGCCUGAAUGAAAGAAAGCGGGUCGAAUCCCUAGGCGGCUACGUCGACGACGGCUAUCUGAACGGCCAGCUAGCGGUCACCAGAGCGCUGGGUGACUGGCACCUCGACGGCCUGAAGGAGAUAGGCGAGCCGGGAGGCCCGCUGAGCGCAGAACCGGAGCUCAAGAUGAUCACGCUGACCAAGGACGAUGAGUUCCUCAUCAUCGGCAGCGACGGCAUCUGGGACUACUUCUCCAACCAGAACUCGGUGGACUUUGCGCGGCGGAGGCUCCAGGAGCACAACGACCUCCGGCGGUGCUGCAAGGAGAUCGUGGAGGAGGCGAUCCGGCGGGGCGCCACUGACAACCUGACGGCGGUCAUGGUCUCCUUCCACCAGGAGGCCCCUCCCCAGAUCAGGGUGAACAGGGCGGGCAGGGUCGAGCGGAGCAUCUCGGCCGAGGGGCUCCAUAGCCUCAGGGUGCUCCUGGAAGGCCAGUGAUCGAUCUCCGACGGCGCGCCAUUGUCGCCGCCUUCUUCCUCUGCAUUGUUGAGUGUCAACUGUAAGUACCGAUCCGCCGUCGUCGACAUGCCAGUUGUGGCUCCAUUGUUACCUGGGAAUAAAACCAACGAACCUGAAGAAGAUCUCACCCGCCAUUGUGAAUUGUUUGUGAGGCACCUGUAAAUAUAAGUUGGGAGCUUAAUUAGGGUGGUAUAAAAGGGAGUCAGUAGCGUGCAUCCAGGGGGCUUUGAGGCUCAUUAUGAGAUGAUGAGAUGUGUUGUUCCCCCUGUUUAAGUUUUGUCUGUCAAAGAAACCAUUCUCUGGUUAUUGCUAUUGUAUCAGUGUAACUUGAGUUGUCUCAUGUGUUGAUCACUGAUAAGAUGAGAUCUGUUCUUCCCCCC